AUAUCUUUUUUAUUUAUAAAAAGACAGACAAAUCAGGAAGGUUUGGUUCAUACUUCUUGUAUCUCAAAUCAAGUUUAUCUUUUGAGUCUACUCAUCUGAUUUUUUCACCUCUCGUCUCUACGCGCACCCCUCUUUCUACCUCAUCCAUUCGUAACCGAGCGCAUAAAAAAGAGGGCACACUACCAGCUCUCGAAAAUCAGCAAUCGUCGUCAUUGAAUCAGUCAAUAUUCUCGUUUUACAUACCUUUGUCAGUUUCUAGGGAAUAAAAAUGGCUGUUCGCGCUCAAUUCGAGAACUCCAACGAGGUUGGAGUAUUUGCAACUUUGACGAAUUCGUAUGCAAUUGUUGCUAUCGGAGGAUCAGAAAAUUUCUACAGGUUCGUUAUCAUGCUUUUCGACUUUGUGUGAUUAAAAGAAAGGAUUAUGGCCUGACUGCGGGGUUUUAUUAUAAUAGUGUCUUUGAAGCUGAGUUACAAGACGUGAUUCCUAUUUGCCACGCUUCGAUUGGUGGUACUCGUAUAGUUGGCCGAUUAACGGCAGGGUAUGUAUUCAAUCUUUUAUUCGUGCGGUGGGGAUGAAUGCUUACUGGAUUUAUGUAGAAACCGUAAAGGUCUUCUCGUGCCCACAUCCACAACAGAUCAGGAACUGCAACAUCUGCGAAACUCAAUCCCAGAUUCGGUCAAAAUACAACGGGUGGAAGAGAGGCUGUCCGCGUUGGGGAAUGUGAUAUGUUGCAAUGAUCACGUUGCGCUUAUACAUCCUGAUCUUGAACGGGAGACGGAGGAGAUAAUUGCCGACGUCCUCGGAGUCGAAGUAUUCCGUCAAACGGUCGCCGACAACGUCCUAACGGGCUCAUACAUGGCGCUCUCCAACCAAGGUGGAAUCGUGCAUCCCAAAACCUCUAUCCGUGAUCAAGACGAACUCUCCUCUCUCCUCCAAGUACCGCUCGUAGCCGGCAGUGUGAAUCGCGGUAGCCCCGUGGUUGGUGCCGGUAUGGUGGUGAACGACUGGCUUGCAGUGACGGGUCUGGAUACCACGGCGACAGAACUCAGUGUUAUGGAGAGUGUGUUUCGACUGGGGGAGAUGGGCGCUAAGGGGUUGGGGAUGGGGAAUGCGAAUAAGGAGAGUAUUGUGGAAAGUUUCUAUUAGGUCAUGUUAUGCCGGCUUGGACAUGUGAUGAAUAUCGAAUGAUAGAAUGAUGAAUCUACGCAUGACUUGGCCGACGGUUACUCCAGGUGGUGGGAGUGUAUGUGCAUAUGUAAGUAAUCACUGCACG